AUGGCUGUCCUCAAAAGUCCCAGAGGUCCUACAUGGGAUAUACAGCUUGUAAGAAAUAAUGAAACCCUUUACUUUAGAGAGGGAUGGAAAGAGUUUGCGGAAGCUCAUAAUUUUGAAGAGAACGACUUGCUUAUCUUCAAGUACGAACGGGAUUCCUGCUUCAACAUUUGGGUGUUCGAUAGCAGAAGAUUGUGUGAGAAAGCUGGUUCAUAUUUUGUCUGGAAAUCUGCUUCUAGAAAAAAUGAGGCAGGUGAAAAUUCCCAGUUAAAGAGAAAAAAACACGGAGGUGGUUCUGUCGACGCUGCUGUCAAUAAUGAGAAUCCAGAGCUUGAAGGUUCAGAUUCCGAGUUGGACCCUGCAGGAGCCUCAAUGAAGAAGAGUCGCAGGAAUUCUAUGUGUGGCUUGAGGAGUAGUGAUGCUGAAGCAAGUACACCUUACACUGAUAAGAGUCCCCCAAGUGCAGCGGAGAAAGAGAGAGCUGUGCCAAUAGCGGAUCGAGAAUUGACAAAAGAGAGCUUUAAAGUGGUCAUGACAAAUAAUAAUGUUUCCAAUUAUUAUCGCUUGAGUAUUCCUGCACCAUUGUCAAGGGAGUAUCUUGCUCCAAAAAACCAGGAUGUGGAGCUCCGUACAGAUGACAAAAAGUGGAUCGCGAGGGUUAAUCUUGAGCCUCGGUGUGGAGGCGGUGUGCUUGUUUCCGGGUGGAGCAAGUUUGUUAAGGAUAAUUCGUUGAAAGAAUUUGAUGUGUGCGUGUUUCAGCUUGUAAGCCAGAAGGAUGAGCCUGCUAUCUUUGACGUCCUAAUAUCUCGCGCUACUCCACAAGAAGCCAAUCAACCUUCUAGCAAACCAUCUUCUGUUUGA